AUGCCUGACUUCUCUGGUGUUUCACUUGAAGGGAAAACAGCCAUUGUCACUGGCUCCUCCCGUGGUAUUGGUGCUGAAAUUGCCCUUCAGCUCGCCAGGCGCGGUGCCAAUGUCGUCGUCAACUAUGUAUCCGAAAGCAGCAAGAAACGCGCAGAGGAGGUUGUCCAGGAAAUCGAAAAGAUUGGUACAAAGGCAACUCUCUGCCAUGCUAGCGUGAUGAACAUGGAGGAGAUUCCUCGUCUCAUUGAUGCCGCUAUUAAGAUUAGCAAGGACGGCAAAAUCGACAUUCUCAUUCACAAUGCUGCCCUCGGUAAUGAGUCUGACUUGAAAGAUCUCAAGCUCGAAAUGUACAACUCUCAUUUCGACUGCAAUGUCCGUGGUCCUAUCUUCCUCACCCAGGCCGCUCUGCCGCAUUUGCCCCGCGGAGGCCGUAUUGUCUUUGUUUCUUCAGCUGCUGCCAGGCUUGGUGUGGCUGGUCACACCGUCUACGGCCCAACAAAAGCAGCCAACGAAGCCCUCGCACGCGUCUGGGCCAAGGAACUUGGUCACUCCCAUGGGAUCACCGUGAACUGUGUUAAUCCCGGCCCUGUUGCUACUGACCAAUGGUAUCAGAGUGAUGACCAAUUUCUCAAGGAUAUGCAGCCAAUGAUUGAGGCAACUCCUGCUGCCCCUCGAGUUGCCGAGGUUGGCGAUAUUGCCCCUUUGGUCGCUUUUCUGUGCACUGAGGACGCUAGAUGGACUACUGGGUCUGUACUGUCAGCGAACGGUGGCCUUUACAAUUAG